CUCCUCUUCUCCUCUCCUCCGUCUGUCUUCCUCCUCACAUCUCACGCAUUCGCCUCAGACUCAGUGCCGGUCGUAAAGGUGCAAAAAAUAGUGUGAGGAUAAAACGGUCCAUUCGUCAUACCAGCUUCUCUGCAAGCUCACAAGUCUCACAUAAAACUCUCUCUUUAUCUCCUCUCUAUUGCUCCUCGCAUCUCAGUCUCAGAUCUCUGUCUGCAGACUCAAUACGCUUACUCCUCCUCAAAGUAAUCCUCCCCAUCUCUCUGUCUCCUCUCAAGUCUCUCUCAUCAUCUUCGCUCAUGUCAUCGGUCUCGAUCUCUCUUCUGAUCUCGAUACUCUCUCUAUCCACUCUCAUAUGCGGUCUCGUCCCCUCUCUCCGAUGUCAUCUAUCUCCGGUCAUCACUAAACCCGUCUCUCAAUCCAAAACCUCUCUCAAGCUCAUCAUCUCACCUCACCACCAAAUCGUCUCUUCCCCCUCUCUUCAACACUCUCUCCUCUCUCCUCUUCACGUAACUCUCUCUCGUCCUCACACCCUUCCUCUCUAUCUCUCAUCCUCUCUCAAUCUUCAGUAGGAGCCUAGGCUGAAUCUUCAUAUUCCUCGAUCUCUCUUCCUCAAAAAGCGAAGUCUCUUCUCCUCUCUCAGUCCAGAGGACUCCUCAUCUCUCUUCAAUCUCCUAACAUCUCUCUCUCUCUCACCAUAAAUCCUCUCAUCUCCAGAGACUCAUUUCUACUUCCUCCCUCGUCUCUCACCUCUCCUCAUCUCUCUCUUCUCAUCCUCUCGUCUCAUCUCCGUACUCAAAGCUCGUCUUCGUCUCUCUCUUCUUCUCCAGAAACAUCAAACAGCACUCCUCUCUCUCCUCAGUCGUCUCUCAUCUCUCCACUCACUCCUCCUUCCUCCCAUCCUCUCAUCACCCAUCUCCUCUCAGCCUCAAGAAGAAAAGAGAGGGGGAAAUCUGCUCCUCUUCCAUCUCUCUCUCGUCUCCUCUCAUCUCCCUCUCUCUCUCUCUCAUCUCGACCGGCGUCUCUCUCUCUCUCAAUAAAGCCACGCGCCUCUUUCCUCUUUUCUCUGUGAUUCUCUUAGUAUGUCCUCUUUGCUCUUAUCUUCUCUCUCUCUCUCUCUCUCAGGUCUUUGACUUCCUCCUGAUGAUGAGAACUGACUCUCUCCAUCGUCUGGGGUUCCUCAGUAAAGACGGCGUGUUGAGGUUCAGCCCCUACUGCCACUGUGACAUGGGGUGGGUACACGCUCACACCCUCUCACACUCUGUCCACUCUAAACUCACAUUUCCCAGGCAAGCAGGAAAUUCACCUUCAAGAAAAGAUUAAAAGAACAUCUAACUGGACAGAUACCGAUACCAUAAAGUGCCUAGUGAAUGUGUAGUGGCAAAUACCAAAACAGUUGUUGAUGCCCCUUACUUGUGACCUGGGGAUCAUUCCAACACUCGAUACAAUACAAGAGAGGAAUCCAACAGUAUGUUUAGUCCAUUCAUUUCCCUUCUUUUCAAUAAUGUUUGUCACAAACAAAAAGGUACGAUGCGGUUGAAAAUUGACGCUGAGCCCAGGCACACUAGUUCCCACCCAAUCAGGUGCACACCAGGUAAGCAUAGGGAGAGAUAGGGAUUAAAUGAAUUGAACACAAAACAUGAUAAAUGGCUGCUACAGAAUGUUAAACGUGUUACCGUUCAGGUAUUUUAACUGUCUGUAAUGUCUAAUUGUUAAAUGUUUGUAAUGUCUACCACUGUCUGUCAAUGUAAAUUUUUUUGUCUGUAACGCCUUUUCAGUUCUGUGUCGGACUCCAGGAAGACUAUCUACUUAACUUCGUGUUUCCGCUCUCUCGUCGCUGGGUUCUCUCCUCGCUCUCCUCUCCCGGUCCUCUCCCUCCCCCCCUCCUUCGCUCUCGUCCUCUGGUCUCUCUCACUCCUCUCCUGCCUCAGCUCUCACCUUCUCCCUCUGUUCUCGGUCAAGAACGGUCGAACUAGACACGCAGAGGAAGGGCAGAAUCGAAUCAUGCUCCAGAUCAUCCCCGCGCUCUCAAGGAGGAGGCAGAAGGGGCGGAAACAGGUCUCUCUUUAUACUCGAUGAGUAAAAUGCUUCUCCUCUCCUAUUUUCUCAUCUCCAUCUUCUCAUCUCCCUUGUUUUUCUCCCCUCCUCCCCUCGCUCUGUGCUCUCUGUUUUUCUCUCGCUCUGUUUGCUCCUCGGUUCUCUCUCUCUCUGUCUGUUCCCUCCUCUCUCUUUCUCUCUCUGUUCUCUCUCUCUGUGGCUCUCUGCUCUGUUCUCUCCCUCUCUGUUCUCCCUCUCUCUCGCUCUGUCUUAUCUCCUCUCCUCUCUUUAUCUCUCUCUUUUCUCUCCUUUUUCUCUCUCUCUCUGCUCUGUUCUCUCUUCUCUGUGCUCUCUCUCUCUCCUGUGGUUUUCCAGGGAACCAGAGAAACGAGGGAGUGAGAAGAAGUCUGCAGGCUCAGGAUCUCCCCCUGCUGGCAGUCCUACCCCCUCCUCCACCACUACUCCCUCCAUCCCUCCUUCCUCCUCUUCCACCUCCAUCCGUACAGCCUGCCUGCCCUACUCACUUGCCUUUAGUGUGCUGCUACAGUGCCUGAAGAUGGUACACUGCACACUUACACAUGUUACACACCACACACACACAUAUUAACACACACACCCACACACACCACACCUUCACGACCGAGCACACACCCACACACACACUCAACACACACACACCCCACCAUACACACACAAAACACCACACCACCCACACCACACACAAUAGUACACACACACCACACACCCACAACACCACACAAGCACCACCAAGCCACACCCCUCUCCACACCCCCAUCCCACCCCCCACACACCCCACACAUAUUACACCCCCCACCACAACCCACCCAUACCCCACACCUUUCCCCCCCAACACGACCCCACCCCCCCCACCACCCCCCCCCCCCCGAUCUUCCUACCCACCCACCACCCAUAUUCCCCCCCACCCCCACCAUACACACACACACACACAAUUCUUUCUUUUUACAAUGUCCUUAAGAAACAAUUGCGUUUCCCAGGAAUAACUUUAAACCUGCAGAAAUAAUCUGAAAAACAUUGUGAAUGAAAAGAUUGUUCCUGCACUAAUAUCUAAUAUUUAUAAUACUGUUUCAGUGCAUAAACAAGUACUUACACUCUCCCUCCCUAACCUGUGUGUGUCUCUCCCUCCCUAACCCUGUGUGUGUCCUCUCCCCCCCCUAACCCUGUUGUGUCUCUUCUCCUCCCUCCCUAACCUGUGUCUCUUUGUCCUCUCUCCCUCUCCUCUCCCUCCCUGAACCUGUGUGUCUCUCUCUCCCUCCCUAACCCUGUUGUGUCUCUCUCCCUCUCUAACCCUGUGUGUCUCUCCUCUUCUCUCCCUCCCUACCACCCGUGUCUCUCUCUCCCCGUCCCUAACCCUGUGUGAUCCUCUCUGCCCUCUCUACCCUGUGCUCUCUCCCUCUCUCCCCCGCCCUAACCCUGUGGUCUCUCUCCCUCUCUAACCCUGUGUGUCCUCUCUCCCUCCCUAACCCUGUGUGUCUCUCUCCCCGCCCUCCCCUAACCCUGUGUCUCUCUCCCUCUCUAACCCGUGUGUCUCCUCUCCUCCUCCCUAACCCUGUGUGUGUCUCUCUCCCUCCCUAACCCUGUGUCCCUCUCCUCUCUCCCUCUCUAACCCUGUGUCUCCCUCAUCCCCUCUCCCUCCCUAACCCGGUGUUUCCUCCUUCUCUCCCUCCCUAACCCUGUUGUGGUCUCUCUCCUCCCUACCCCUUGUGUGUCCUCUCUCCCCCCGAACCCUGUGUGUGUCUCUCCCUCCCUACCCCUGUGUGUGUCCUCUCUCCCUCCCUAACCCUGUGUGCUUCCUCUCCCUCCCCUAACCCUGUUUGUGUCCUCUCCCUCCCCCUAACCACCCCCUGUGUGUGUCCCUCUUCCCUCCCUAACCCUGUGUGGUGUCCUCUCUCUCUUCCCUCCCUAACCUGUGUGUGUCUCUCUCCCCUCCCUAACCCCUGUGUGUCUCUCUCUCCCUCCCAACCCUGUGUGUGUCUCUCUCCCUCCCUAACCCGUGUGUGCUCCCUCCCUAACCCUGUGUGGUCUCCUCACCUCCCUAACCCCUGUGUGUCUCCUCCCUCCUAACCCUGGUGUGUCUCUCUCCCCCCCUAACCCUGUGUGUCUCUCCCUCCCUCCCCUGUGUCUUCUCCCCCUCCCUAACCCUGUGUGUCGCUCUCUCCCUCCCUAACCCUGUGUGUCUCUCUCUCCCUCUCUAACCCUGUGUGUCUCUCUCUCCCCCCUAACCCGUGUCUCUUCCUCUCCCUCCCCUACCCUGUGUUCUGUCUCCCUCGCUAACCCUGUGUCCUCCCUCUCCUCCCUAACCCUGUGUGGUCCUCUCUUCUCUCUCCCUCUCUAACCCUGUGUGUCUCUCUCCCUCCCUAAACCCUGUGUGUCUUCCUCUCCUAACCCUGUGUCUCUCUCCCUCUCUAACCCUGUGUGUCUCUCUCCCUCCCUAACCCUGUGUGUGUCCCUCUCUUCUCCUCCCCUCCUAACCCCUGUGUCUCUUCCUCCCCUCUCUAACCCUGUGGUGUCUCCUCUCUCCCUCCAACCCUGUGUGUCUCUCCUCUCCCUCCCUAACCCUGUGUGUGUCCUUAUCUCCCUCCCUAACCCUGGUGUGUGUUCGCCCUCCCUAACCCGUGUGGUGUCUCCUCCCUCCCUAACCCUGUUGUGUGUCCUCUCUCCCUCCUAACCCUGUGUGUCUCUCUCCCUCCCUAACCCGUGUGUGCUCCUCUCUCCCUCCCUAACCUUUGUGGGUGUCUCUCCCUCCCUAACCCUGUGUUGUCCCUCUCCGCCCCCCUCCCUAACCCUGUGUGUGUCUCUCGCACCCCCUAACCCUGUGUCUCUCUCCUUCCCUAACCCUGUGUGUGUCUCUCUCCCUCUCUAACCCUGUGUGUGGUCUCUCUCCCUCCCUAACCCUGUUGUCUCUCUUCCCUCCCCUAACCUGUGUCUCUCUCCUCCCUAACCCUGUGUGUCUCUCUCCCUCCCUAACCCUGUGUGGUUUCUCUCUCCUCCCUCCCUAACCUGUGUGUCCUCCUCUCCCUCCCUAACCUGGUGUGUGUCUCCUCCCUCUCUAAAACCCCUGUGUGUUGUCUCUUCCUCCCUAACCCUGUGUGUCUCUCUCCCUCCCUAACCCUGUGUGUGUGUCUCUCUCCCUCCCUACCCUGUGUCUCUCUUCCUCCCUCCCUAACCCUGUGGUGUCUCUCUCCUCACUACCCUGUUGUCCUCUCUCUUCUCCCUUCCUCCCCUUUGUGUGUCUCUCUCCCUCCCUAACCCUGUGGUGUCCCUCUCUCCCCUCCCUAACCAGCUGUGUGUCUCGCUCCCCUCUAACCCGUUUGUGUCCUCUCGCCUCCCUAACCUGUGUGUCCUUCGCUCCUCUCUCUCCCUCCCUAACCCUUUGUGUCUCUCUCCCGCCCCACCCUGUGUCUCUUCUACUCCCUCUCCUAACCUGUUGGUGUCUCCAUCCCUAACCUGUGUGUCUCUUCUCCCUCCCUAACCUGUGUGUGGUCCUCUCUCCUCUUCCCCUCCCACCAACCCUGUGUGUCCUCUUCCAUCUCUCCUCUCUCCUCUCUCUGUGUGUCCUCUCUCCCUCCCUAACCCUGUUUGUGUCCUCUCCCCUCCCUAACCCUGUGUGUGUCUCUCCUCCUCUCCCUCCCUAACCCUGUGUGCUCUCUCCCUCUCCUCUCUGUGUUUCUCCUCCCCUCCCUAACCCUGUGGUGUCUCUCCCUCCCGCCCUAACCCUGUUUGUGUCUCUCUUCUCUCUCCCUCCCUAACCCUGUUUGUCUCUUCUAUCCCUCCCUACCCUGGUGUUCUCUCUCCCUCCUCCCUAACCGUGGUGGUGUCUUUCCCUCCCUAACCCUGUGUGUUCCUCUCCUCCCCUACCCUGUGUGGUGUCUCUCUUCCCCGUUCCCUAACCCCUGUGUGUGUCCUCUCUCCCUCCCUAACCCUGUGUGUCUCUCUCCCUCCCUAACCUUUGUGUGUCUCCCCCUCCCUAACCCUGUGUGUCUCUCCUCCCUCCCCCUACCCUGUGUGUCUCCCCCCCCUAACCCUGUGUGUGUCUCUCUCCCUCCCUAACCUGUGUCUCUCUCCCUCCCGAACCCUGUGUGUACUCUCUCCCUCCCUACCCUGUGUGUGUCCUCUCCCUACCUAACCCUGUGUGUCUCUCUCCCUCCCUAACCCCGUGUGUCUCUCUCCCUCCCUAACCCUGUGUGUCCUCUCUCCCUCCCAACCCUGUGUGUCUCUCCCUCCCUAACCCUGUGUCUCUCUCCCUCCCUAACCCUGUCUCUCUCUACCUCCCUAACCCCUGUGUCUCUCUUCUCCUCCCUAACCCUGUGGUGUUCUCUCUCCCUCCCUAACCCUGUGUGUCGCUCUCCCUAUCUAACCCUGUGUGUGUCUCUCUCCCUCUUCUAUAACCCUGUGUGUCUUCCCCUCUCUCCCUCCCUAACCCUGUGCCUCUCUCCCUCCUAACCCUGUGUGUCUCUCUCCCUCCCAACCCUGUGUGUCUCUCUCUCUCCCUCCCUCACCCUGUGUGUCUCUCUCCCCUCCCUAACCUGUGUGCUCUCUCCUCCUACCACUGUGGUCUCUCCCUCCCUAACCCUGUGUGUCUCUCUCCCUCCCCUAACCCUGUUGUCUUCUCUCUCCCAUCCCUAACCCUGUGUGUCUCUCUACCCUCUCUUCCCUCCCUCCCUGUGUGUUGUCCUCUCCCUCCCCUAACCCGGUGGUGUCCUCUCCCUCCCUAACCCUGUGUGUCUCUCUCCUCCCUAACCCUGUGUGUCUCUCCUCUUCCCUUCCUAACCCUGUGUGUGUCUCUCUCUGUCCUCUCUCCUCCCUAAAACCCUGUGUUUCUCUCUCCCUCCCUAACCUUGUGUCUCCUCUCCUCCCCUAACCCUGUGGUGUCUCUCUCCCUCCCCACCCUUGUGUGUGUCUCUCCUUCCCGCCCUAACCCUGUGUGUGUCUCUCCCCUCUCUAACCCUGUGUGUGUCUCUCUCCCCUCUCCUAACCCUGUGUCUCUCUCCCUCCCUACCCUGUGGUGUGUCUCUCUCCCCUCCCUAACCCUGUGUCUCCUCUCCCUUCCCUAAACCCUGUGUGCUCUCUCCUCCCCGACCCGGUUGUGUCCUCUCUCCCUCCCUAACCCUGUGUCUCUCUCCCUCCCUAACCCGGGGUGUCCUCUCCUCCCUCCCUAACCCUGUUGUGUCUCUCUCCCUGUCCCUACCCUGUGUGUCUCUCUCCCUCCCUAACACCCUGUUGUCUUCUCUCCCUCCCUAACCCUGGUGUGGUCCUCCUCUCCCUCCCUACCCUGUGUGUCCUCUCUCUCCCCCCUACCCCCUGGGUGUGUCUUCUCUCUCUCUCCCCCCCUACCCUGUUGUGUCUCUCUCCCCCCUAACCCUGUGUGGGUCUCUCUCCCUCCCUAACCUGUGUGUCCUCUCUCUCUCUCCCCCCCUACACCCUGUGUGUCUCUCUCCCCCCCCUACCCUGUGUGUGUCUCUCCCUCCCUAACCCUGUGUGUCCUCUCUCCCUCCCUAACCCUGUGUGUGUCUCUCUCUCCUCCUCCCUCCCUAACCCUGUGGUGUCGCCUCUCCCUCCCAACCCUGUGUGUCUCUCUCCCUCCCUAACCCCGUGUGGUCUCUCUUCCCUCCCCUAACCCUGUGUGGUGUCUCUUCCUCUCCCUAACCCGUGGUGUCUCUCUCCCUCCCUAACCUGUGUGGUGUCUCUUCCUCCCUAACCCUAGGUUCUCUCUCCCUCUCUACCCUGUGUCUCUCCUCUGUUCCCCCCUAACCCUUUGGUGUCCUCUCUCCCUCGCUAACCUGUGGUUGUCCUCUCUCCCUGCUCUAACCCUGUGUGUGUCUCUUUCCUCCCAACCCUGUGUGGCUCUCCCCGCCUAACCCUGUUGUGUCCUCUCUUCUCCCUCUCCUAACCCUGGUGUGUGUCUCUCUCCCUUCCUACCCUGUGGUUCCUCUCUUCCCCCCCCUAACCCUGUGUGGUCUCUCCUCCCUCCCUAACCCUGUGUGUCUCUCUCUCCCUUCCCUAACCCUGUGGUGUCCUCAUCUCCCUCCCUAACCCUUUGUGUGUCUCUCCCCCUCCCUAACCCUGUGGUGUCUCUCUCCCUCCCUAACCCUGGUGUCUCUCUCCCUCCCUAACCCUGUGGUCUCUCCUCCCUCCCUAACCCUGUGUGUCUCUCUCCUCCCUACCCUGUGUCUCUCCCUCCCUUCCCUAACCCUGUGUGUCUCUCUCCCUCCCUAACCCUGUUGUGUCUCUCUCCCUCCCUAACCCUGUGUGUCUCUCCCCUCCCUAACCCCUGUGUCUCUCUCUCCCCCCCUAUCUCUCCUCUCUCCCCCCCUAACCCUGUGGUGUCCUCUCUUCCUCCCUAACCCGGUGUGUGUUCUCUCUCCUCCCUCUCUCUGUCGUGCGUGACUCCUGUGUGUGGUGUCUCUCUUUCUCCUUCCUCUGUGUGUGUCUCUGUGUUUACAGGAGACCGCUGGAAGUGUUGAAGCUGUGCUAGAUAAGAUGUUCCUGGACCCUGCAGUAUAAAGUCCCUGCUGCUGUCCUCGUCCCUGCGCAUAGACCAGCUCUGUCUACACUCUUGUGUUAUCGUACACACUGUUUACAGGUUUUGGUUUUUUUCCAUCUAUGUUUUUUUGAGGUUGGAACGUUAGCACCUUGGGCGCACUGAUGAUUCAACACCCUCGUCAGUCAUUAUGUGGUACACCUGUGCCUUGUUUGCCAUCUGGUUAUUGGAAGGUUUUUCACCCUGUGCGGGCCCAGGUGCUAUUAAGAGUGGCUGACCCAGUGGCUCCAGUUGUCUGAUAGAAUGGGAGGGUUAACACCUUUAGUUUUUCUUGAUAGAUGUGGAGGGUUCACACGUUAGUUUUCCUUGAUAGAUGGAGGGUUAACACCUUUUAGUUGUCUUGAUAGAUGGUAGGGUUACCACCUUUAGUUGUCUUGAUAGAUGGAGGGUUACACUUUAAUUUGUCUUGAAAGUGGAGGGUAAAACACCCUUUAGUUGUCUUGAUAGAUUGGAGGGUUAACAACUUUAGUUGUCUUGAUAGAUGUGGAGGGUUUAACACCUUUAGUUGUCUUGAUAGAUGGAGUGGUUAACUAACUCUUUUAGUGUCCUUGAUAGAUGGAGGGUUUAACACCUUUAGUUGUCUUGAUAGAUGAAGGGUUAACAUCUUUAGUUGUCUUGGAGAUGGAGGGUUUACAUUCAUUAGUGUCUUGAUAGAUGGAGGUUAACCUCUUUCAGGUUGUUUGAUAGAUGGAGGUUACCUCCUUAUAGUUUGUCUUGAUAGAUGGAGGGUUAAACACCUUUAUUGUCUUGAUAGAUGGAGGGGUUAACCUCCUUUAGAGUUUGUCCCCUGAUAGAUGGAGGUUAACAACCUUUAGUUGUCUUGAUAGAUGGCGGGUUAAACCCUUCAGUUGUCUUGAUAGAUGGAGGGUUUAACUCCUUAGUUUGGUCUUGUAACUGUAAGGUUUUGUCUCGUCUUUCAUCUCGCUGUAUACUCGUCCUCUCUCUCUGUUCUCUCUCUCUUUGUUCCGUUUCUCUCUCUCUCUGUCUCUCUUCUUGUUCUCUCGCUCGUGCUCUCUGUCUCUCGCUCUGUGCUCUCUGUUUCUCUCUCUGUCUGUCUUCUCUUUCUCUCUGUUCUCUCGCUCUGUGCUCUCUGUUCUCUCUCUCUCUCUGUUGAUCUCUCUCUCUGUUCUCUCUUUUGUUCUCUCUGUUCUCUCUCUCUUUUCUCUCUCUGUUCUCUCUGUGCUCUCUCUCUCUUGUGUUCCAGGGAACCAGAGAAACGAGGAGUGAGAAGAAGUUCUGCAGGUGGGAUCUCCCCUUUGCUGGCAGUCUACCCCCUCUCACCACUACUCCCUCCAUACUCCUUCCCCCUCUUCACCUCAUCUUUACAGCCUGCUGCCUCUUUUCACUCCCUUUAUGGUGUCUGCUACGUGCCGAAGAGGGGUAAACUGCAAGCUACACAGGUACAACACCAACCAACAGAUGACACACCCCACACAACACACACACACCACUACCACAUCACACAACAACAACCCCACACACACAACCACACACAAAGUACACACACACAACAAACACACACACACACAACACAGAGAACACAACCAACACACACACACCACACACACAAACACCACCAACAAACACAACACACAACAACAAAAACACAUAUAACACAACCACAACACAAACACCACACAAAUAUUACACACCACAACACACACCACACACCACAACACCACAAACAUUUACACCACACCACAACAUAUUCACCACACACCAUACACACACACACACACAUCUUUCUUUUACUGUCCUUAAGAAACAAUUGCGUUCCAGGUAACUUUAACCUGCGAAUAAUCUGAAAACAUUGCUAAUGAAAAUUGUUCCGCCACUAUUCUAAUUUUAUACUUUCAGGGCAAAACAAGUACUUACACUCUCCCUCCUAACCAUGUGGUCUCCCUCCCUAACCCUGAGUGGUUCCUCCCCCCUAACCCUGUGUCUCUCCCUCCAACCCUGUCUCUCUCCCCUAACCUGGUGUCUCUCUCCUCCCUAACCGUUGUUCUCUCCUUCUAACCUGUUGUGUCUCCUCCCCUCCUAACCUGUUCUUCUCUCCCUCCCUAACCCUGUGUGUCUCUCUCCCUCUAACCCUGUGCUCUUCCCUCCCACCUGUGUCUCUCUCCUCUCUAACCCUGUGUGCUCUCUCCCUCCCUAACCUGUGUGUCUCUCCCUCCCUACCCGUGUCUCUCUCCUCUCCUAACCCUGUGUGUCUUCUCCCUCCCUAACCAUGUGUGUCUCUCUCCUCCCUAAACCUGUGUCUCUCUCCUCUAACCCUGUGUGUCUCUCUCUCCCUCCCUAACCCGUGGUCUCUCUCCCUCCCAAAACCCUGUGUGUGUCUCUCUCCCCCUAACCUGUGUGUCUCUCCCUCCCUAACCCUGUGUGUCUCUCCCUCCCUAACCCUGUUUUUCUCUCUCCCUCCUAACCCUGUGUGUCUCUCUCCCUCCUAACCCUGUGUGUGUCUCUCCCUCCCUAACCCUGUGUGUUCUCUCCCUCCUAACCCUGUGUGUGUCUCUCUCCCUCCCUAACCCUGUGUGUUCUCUCCUCCCUAACCCUGUGUGUCUCUCUCUCCCUCCCUAACCCUGUGUGUGUCUCCCUCCCUCCCUAACCCUGUGUGUCUCCCUCCCUAACCCUGUGUGUUCUCUCCUCCCCUAACCCUGUGUGUCUCUCCUCCUAACCUGUGUGUGUCUCUCUCCCCCCUAACCCUGGUGUGUCUCCUCCUCCCUAACCCUUGUUUUCUCUUCUCCCUCCUAACCCUGUGUGUCUCUCUCUCCCUCCCUAACCCUGUGUGUCUCUCUCCCUCCUAACCCUGUGUGUCUCUCUCCCUCCCUAACCCUGUGGUCUCUCUCCCUCCCUAACCCUGUGUGUUUUCUCUCCCUCCUCUAAACCUGUGUCUCUCUCCCUCCCUAACCCUGUGUGUCUCUCUCCCUCUCUAACCCUGUGUGCUCUCCCUCCCUAACCCUGUGUGUCUCUCUCCCUCCCUAACCCUGUGUCUCUCUCCCUCUCUAACCCUGUGUGUCUCUCUCCCUCCCUAACCCGUGUGUGUCUCUCUCCCUCCCUAACCCUGUGUCUCUCUCCUCUCUAACCCUGUGUGUCUCUUCUCUCCCUCCUAACCCUGUGUGUCUUCUCUCCCUCCCUACCCUGUGUGUGUCUCUCCCCUCCCUAACCCUGUGUGUGUUUUCUCCCUCCCUAACCCUGUGUGUGUCUCUCCCUCCCUAACCCUGUGUGGUCUCUCUCCCUCCAUAACCCUGUGGUUCUCUCCCUCCUAACCCUGUGUUUUCUCUCCCUCCCUAACCCUGUGUUCUCUCCCUCCUAACCCUGUGUGUCUCUCUCCCUCCUAACCCUGUGUGUGUCUCUCUCCCUCCCUAACCCUGUGUCUCUCUCCCUCCCUAACCCUGUGUGUCUCUCUCCCUCUCUAACCCUGUGUGUGUCUCUCUCCCUCCCUAACCCUGUGUGUCUCUCUCCCUCCCUAACCCUGUUGUCUCUCUCCUCCCCUAACCUGUGUGUGCUCUCUCCUCCCUAACCCUGUGUGUGUCUCUCCCUCCCUAACACCUGUGUGUCUCUCUCCCCUCCCUAACCCUGUGUGUUCUCUCUCCCUCCUAACCCUGUGUGUCUCUUCCUCCCUAACCCUGUGUGUCUCUCUCCCUCCCUAACCCUGUGUGGUUUCGUCUCUCUCCCUCCCUAACCCUGUGUCUCUCUCCCUCCCAACCCGUGUGUCUCUCUCCCUCCCUAACCCGGGUGUGUCUCUCUCCCUCCCUAACCCUGUGUCUCUCUCCCUCCCUAACCCUGUGUGUGUCUCUCUCCCUCCAACCCUGUGUGUUCUCUCCUCUCUAACCCUGUGUGUCUCUCUCCCUCCCUAACCCUGUGGUGUCUCUCUCCCUCCCUAACCCUGUGUGUGUCUUUUCUCCCCUCUAACCCGGUGUGUGUCUCUCUCCCUCCCUAACCCUGUGUGUCUCUCUCUCCCUCCCUAACCCUGUGUGUCUCUCUCCCUCCCAACCCUGUGUCUCUCUCCCUCUCUAACCCUGUGUGUGUCUCCCUCCCUAACCCUGUGUGUCUCUCUCCCUCCCUAACCCUGUGUGUGUCUCUUCCCUCCCUAACCCUGUGUGUCUCUCUCCUCUCUCUGUGUGUCUCUCUCCCUCCCUAACCCUGUGGUGUCUCUCUCCCUCCCUAACCCUGUGUGGUCUCUCUCUCCUCCCUAACCCUGUGUGUCUCUCUCCUCUCCUUGUGUGUCUCUCCCUCCCUAACCCUGUGGUGUCUCUCUCCAUCCCUAACCCUGUUGUGUCUCUCUCCCUCCCUAACCCGUGUGUCUCUCUCUCCCUCCCUAACCCUGUGUGUGUCUCUCUCCCUCCCAACCUGUGUGUGUCUCCCUCCCUAACCCUGUGGUGUCUCUCUCCCUCCCUAACCCUGUGUGUGUCUCUCUCUCCCCCCUAACCUGUGUGUUCUCUCCCUCCUAACCCUGUGUGUUCUCUCUCCCUCCUAACCCGGUGUGUGUCUCUCUCCCUCCCUAACCCUGGUGUCUCUCUCCCCCCUAACCCUGUGUGGUCUCCCUCCCUAACCCUGUGUGUGUCUCUCUCCUACCCUAACCCCUGUUGGUCUCUCUCCCUCCAUAACCCUGUGUGUCUCUCUCCCUCCCUAACCCUGUGUGUGUCUCUCUCCCUCCCUAACCCUGUGUGUCUCUCUCCUCCUAACCCUGUGUGUCUCUCUCCAUCCCUAACCCUGUGUGUGUCUCUCUCCCUCCCUAACCCUGUGUCUCUCCCUCCCUAAACCCCUGUGUGUCUCUCUCCAUCCCUAACCCUGUUCUCUCUCCCUCCCUAACCCUGUGGUUCUCUCUCCCUCCCUAACCCUGUGGUCUCUCUCCCUCCCUAACCCUGUGUCUCUCUCCCUCCUACCUGUGUGUGUCUCUCCCUCUCUAACCCUGUGUGUCUCUCUCCCUCCCUAACCUGGUGUCUCUCUCCCUCCCUAACCCUGUGGUCUCUCUCCCUCCCUAACCCUGUGUGUCUCUCUCCCUCCCUAAACCUGUGUUCUCUCUCCCUCCCUAACCCUGUGUGCUCUCUCCUUCCCUAACCCUGUGUGUCUCUCCCUCCCUAACCCGGGUGUGUCUCUCUCCCUCCCUAACCUGUGUGCUCUCUCUCCCUCCCUAACCCUGUGUGUCUCUCCCUCCCUAACCCCUGUGUGUGUCUCUCUCCCUCCCAACCCUGUGUGUCUUCCCCCUAACCUGUGUGUCUCUCUCCCUCCCUAAACCCUGUGUGUCUCUCUCCCUUCCUAACCCUGUGUGUCUCUCUCCCUCCCUAACCCUGUGUGUCUCUCUCCUCCCUAACCCUGUGUGUCUCUCCCUCCCUAACCCUGUGUGUCUCUCUCCCUCCCUAACCCUGUGUGUCUCUCUCCCUCCCUAACCCUGUGUGUGUGUCUCUCUCCCUCCUAACCCUGUUGUGUCUCUCUCCCUCCCUAACCCUGUGUCUCUCUCCUCCCUAACCCUGUGUGUGUCUCUCUCCCUCCCUAACCCUGUUGUCUCUCUCCCUCCCUAACCCUUGUGUCUCUCUCCCUCCCUAACCCUGUGUGUGUUCUCUCCCUCCCUAACCCUGUGUCUCCCUCCUCCUAACCCUGUGUGUCUCUCUCCCUCCAAACCCCCCCCCUGUGUGUGUCUCUCUCCUCCCUAACCUGUGUUUUCUCUCUCCCUCCUAACCCUGUGGUCUCUCUCCCUCCCUAACCCUGUGUGUCUCUUCUCCCUCCCUAACCCUGUGUGUCUCUCUCUCCCCUAACCCUGUGUGUCUCUCUCCCCCCCUAACCCUGUGUGUCUCUCUCCCCCCUAACCUGUGUGUCUCUCUCCCUCCCUAACCCUGUGUGUCUCUCUCCCCCCUAACCCUGUGUGUUCUCUCCCCCCUAACCCUGUGUGUGUCUCUCCCUCCCUAACCCUGUGUGUCUUUUCUCCCUCCCAACCCUGUGUGUCUCUCUCCCUCCCUAACCCUGUGUGUCUCUCUCCCUCCCUAACCCUGUGUGUCUCUCCCUCCCUAACCCUGUGUGUCUCUCUCCCUCCCUAACCCUGUGUGUGUCUCUCUCCUCCCUAAACCCUGUGGUGUCUCUCUCCCUCCCUAACCCGUGUGUGUCUCUCCUCCCUAACCCUGUGUGUCUCUCUCCCUCCUCUAACCCUGUGUUGUCUCUCUCCCCCCUAACCUUUGUGUGUCUCUCUCUCCCUCCCUAACCCUGGUGUGUCUCUCUCCUCUCUAACCCUGUGGUGUCUCUCCUCCCUAACCCUGUGUGUCUCUCUCCCUCCUAACCCUGUGUGUGUUCUUCCCUCCAAACCCCUGUGUGUGUCUCUCUCCCUCCCUAACCCUGUGUGUCUCUCUCCCCCCCUAACCCUGUGUGUCUCUCUCUCCCUCCCUAACCCUGUGUGUCUCUCUCUCCCUCCCUAACCCUGUGUGUGUCUCUCUCCCUCCCUAACCCUGUGUGUGUCUCUCUCCCUCCCUAACCCUGUGUGUCUCUCUCCCUCCCUAACCCUGUGUGUCUCUCUCCCUCCCUAACCCUGUGUCUCUCUCCCUCCCUAACCCUGUGUGUCUCUCUCCCUCCCUAACCCUGUGUCUCUCUCCCUCCCUAACCCUGUGUGUCUCUCUCCCUCCCUAACCCUGUGUGUCUCUCUCCCUCCCUAACCCUGUGUGUCUCUCUCCCCUCCCUAACCCUGUGUCUCUCUCUCCCCCCUAACCCUGUGUGUCUCUCUCUCCCUCCCUAACCCUGUGUGUGUCUCUCUCCCUCUCUCUGUGCGUGACUCUGUGUGUGUGUCUCUCUUCCUCUGUGUGUGUCUCUGUGUUACAGGAGACCGACUGGAAGGUGUUGAAGCUGGUGCUAGAUAAGAUGUCCUGGACCCUGCAGUAUAAAGUCCUGCUGCUGUCCUCUCCCUGCAGCAUAGACCAGCUCUGUUCUACACUCUGUGUUAUGGUACACACUGUUACAGGUUUUGGUUUUUCCAUCUAUGUUUUGAGGUUGGACGUUAGCACGUUAGGGCGCACUGAUUGAUGUCACCUCGUCAGUCAUUAUGUGUUACACCUGUGCUUGUUGCCAUCUGGUUAGUCGGAAGGUUUUUCACCUGUGCGGGCCCAGGUGCUAUUUAAGAGUGGCUGACCCAGUGCUCCAGUUGUCUUGAUAGAUGGAGGGUUAACACCUUUAGUUGUCUUGAUAGAUGUGGAGGGUUAACACGUUUAGUUGUCUUGAUAGAUGGAGGGUUAACACCUUUAGUUGUCUUGAUAGAUGUGGAGGGUUAACACCUUUAGUUGUCUUGAUAGAUGGAGGGUUAACACCUUUAAUUGUCUUGAUAGAUGGAGGGUUAACACCUUUAGUUGUCUUGAUAGAUGGAGGGUUAACACCUUUAGUUGUCUUGAUAGAUGUGGAGGGUUAACACCUUUAGUUGUCUUGAUAGAUGGAGGGUUAACUCUUUUAGUUGUCUUGAUAGAUGGAGGGUUAACACCUUUAGUUGUCUUGAUAGAUGGAGGGUUAACAUCUUUAGUUGUCUUGAUAGAUGGAGGGUUAACUCAUUUAGUUGUCUUGAUAGAUGGAGGGUUAACAUCUUUAGUUGUCUUGAUAGAUGGAGGGUUAACUCCUUUAGUUGUCUUGAUAGAUGGAGGGUUAACACCUUUAGUUGUCUUGAUAGAUGGAGGGUUAACUCCUUUAGUUGUCUUGAUAGAUGGAGGGUUAACACCUUUAGUUGUCUUGAUAGAUGGCGGGUUAACACCUUCAGUUGUCUUGAUAGAUGGAGGGUUAACUCCUUUAGUUGUCUUGAUAGAUGGAGGGUUAACACCUUUAGUUGUCUUGAUAGAUGGAGGGUUAACACCUUCAGUUGUCUUGAUAGAUGGAGGGUUAACUCCUUUAGUUGUCUUGAUAGAUGGAGGGUUAACUCAUUUAGUUGUCUUGAUAGAUGGAGGGUUAACACCUUUAGUUGUCUCUCCCUAUUUUGAUUUCUGGACGAACAAUCCUUUAUCUGAUUUCCCUGAUUUGGUCUUGCUCCACUUUGUGGUUUGCUUCCUGUCUUUAAGUUUGGUGUGUUUUUUUUUUUCUUCUUUUGUUUGUCUCUUCUUGGGCAAAUUUAGUGGGUCUCAUGGUGGGUGUCUUUUAGGUCCCAGUUGUUGUUGCUAGUCAACUUUCUGUGGACUACCCCAUGAGUGUCUUUCAGAACCCCUCCUAAAACCCCACCUGUUUCAUUUAGGUUGUUGGUCAGUGUUAGUUCCCCCUUCUGUUUGAGAUACAUUAUUUGGUUUUCUUGGUGGGGAAUGUAACAACACAUUAUUGUCACUUAGGUCUCUCUCUGACGCUGUGGAUUUGUGCCUGUGUGUUUGUGUGUCUCUCUCUGUCUCUGUCUCUCUCUGUCUCUCCCUCUGUCUCUCUCUGUCUAGGUAACAGACCGUCUUAUCUCAGAGCGUCUGAAGAAGACUCCAGACGGUUUCAGUCGUACUGACGUCCAGCUGGCUGUAGUGCCUGUUCUCACAGCUAUCACAUCAUACCACAACUACCUAGAACAGGCCAGACAGGUACACAAGCACACACACUGAAAUAUGCAACGAAAACAUUGUUUUGAUGAAGGCAAAGAGCGUAUUUUCAUUAGAAGCAUUAGUCUACUUAGUUACAUUUUUAACAAAAGCCUGCCCAAACAGAUGGCAAAACAUUAACACCUGCCAAAUGCGGGUAACUUGGUUAAAAGGGGAAGAAUUGUAGCUUUCUAGUGCUGUUAACUGUAUGUCUCAACUCCCACUAUUAAGGGAAUAAACGGUGAGUCGCAGCGUUUGCAGUCCUUCAUUUAGCAAACACCUCAACUCAAGCAACUGUUUUUCCAGUUUAGACAGAGAAUAUAAACAUUAUAUUUAGUUAUAUGAUUAAUAUUUAGUUCAUAUUUAGUUGUCUACUGUGCUACUAGCUCCAGUGUGCUAGCUAGCCAGUGUGUUUACAUUUUCAUUCAUUUUCCAUGAGAAAAAGGCUUGUGGAAAAGCAUAUUUCUUGCGGCUCUCAUCAUUAAAGGGAUAGUUCACUAAAAUGACAGUUGAAUCUUUUUUUCACUUGGCUACUAUUAGGCUACUGUAGAGGUUUUCUGUGGUUUUACUGGUUUUCCAGGGUCUAUAUGCAACAUCACUUUUCUUUUAGGGCCAGUAAAAAGUCUGAGUGGCUGGUGAAUAUAUUUUUGAAAUCAGUAAAUACUAUGGCUCGUUCACCAUAAAGUACAUUUCAUGAGCCUAUGUUUGAGUGAAAGACAAUUCCAUUGAUGGCAUUUGCGGGUGUAGGCCUAACAGAAAAUAAAACAUUUGGGCUUGUGCCUUUUGAGAGCUUAAUGUCAACCCCUGAACAUACAUAAUAUUAUCAUUGUUCUCUCUCUCUCCUCUGUUCUCUCUCUCCCUACCUUCAUCUCUCAGAGGGAGUUGGUUCAGUGUUUGGAGACAGGGCUGAUAUACCGCUGUGCCAAGCAGUGUGUGGUUGCCCUGACAAUGUGCACCGUGGAGAUGCCUGACAUCAUGAUUAAACUCCUCCCCGCCCUCAUCGUCAAGCUGACGCACAUCUCGGCGACCGUCGCCAUGGCGUCGCCCAUGCUGGAAUUCCUGUCCAGUGAGAACACACCCUCAUUUUCCCGCCCUGAUAGAUAUAAGCCAAUCAGAGAGCAGGAUCUGUAUAUACAGGAAGUUAGAUCAGCCAAUGAAUGUGUGAAGGAUUCUUCAUAUUUCACUUCCUAAUUCAUGUUAGAUAAUGUUUACAUAUGGGAAACACACCUAAUAUACCUCACACAGUCAUGUUAUAUACUUUACAAUGUCUUUACAGUAAAGAUAACUCAGUGAUCCAAUUACAUCCUUACCUGUUGAUGAUGGUGUCACAUGGCAAGGUUAGAUUAUGUCAUGCUAACUGUGUGUGUGUGUAUCGUAGCUCUGGUGCGGCUGCCCCAUCUCUAUGCUAACUUCGUAGCAGAGCAGUACGUCAGUGUGUUCGCCAUCUCCCUGCCCUACACCAACCCCUCCAAGUGAGUACGCACACACACUCAACACGUACGUAUGCACGCACGCACGCUCACAAACACUCUCACUCUCUUUCUCUACCUCCCUCACACUCUCUCCCUCCCUCCUCUCUAUACCACCAUCCUUUUCACUCUCUCCCUCUCUCUCUCUCUCCCUCCCUCUCUCUCUCCAGGUUUAACCAGUACAUUGUGUCGUUGGCUCACCAUGUCAUCUCCAUGUGGUUUAUCCGCUGCAGACUCACCUUCAGAAAGGACUUUGUGCAGUACAUCACCAAGGUAGGUGUGUGUUCUGUGUUUCCACGUGUGUAAUAGUCUCCCUUUUUCCUGAGUCAUUUUUGUUGUAUCCACUCCCUCCUCCUUUCUACUGUCUCUCUCUCUCUCGCCCCCCCCCCCCCCCCCCCUCUCUCCAGGGUCUGCGCUCCAAUGCUCUGAUGCCGUUUGAUGACACCCACGACACCCAGAGCAGCUUCCGCGCUCGCAGCACCAGCCUCAAUGAGAGGCCCAAGAGGUACACACACUACACACACUACACACACACUAUACACACACACACACACACACACACACUACACACACGGCCGGGUCACAUGACUGCUCAUUGUAGAUCUUGUGACUGCAUGCCCCGUACAGGAGGUUGGUGUUGUCAGGGUAACACAGGACUCAGCAUGACUGUCGUUGUUGUGGUGUGAUGGUUGUUAUGGUUUCCCACAGGUUGCUAUGGUGAUCAUUUCUCUGUGUUUUGGUCGUUUGUUUUUUGUUGGUAAAUAUUUUCUGUUGGUUGUUGUUGUCUCAAGUCCACUCAUUCACAUUAUUACCACAACAUACACAAAGAGGUCGAAGAGAGGAGUGUGGGUCUUUCUCGCUCUGUCUCUCUCUCGCGCUCUCUGUCUCUCUCGCUCUGUCUCUCUCGCUCUGUCUCUCUCUCGCUCUGUCUCUCUCUCGCUCUCUGUCUCUCUCUCGCUCUCUGUCUCUCUCUCGCUCUGUCUCUCUCUCUCUCGCUCUGUCUCUCGCUCUCUGUCUCGCUUUCUGUCUCGCUCUCUGUCUCGCUCUCUCGCGCUCUCUCUCUCGCUCUGUCUCUCUCUCGCUCUGUCUCUCUCUCGCUCUCUCUCGUGUCAGUGACUAAUGACUUCAGUAAAAUUGUCACCGUACACACACACACACACACACACACACACACACACUCUCUCUCUCUGUUUAAAGGGAGUUUUUCUCAGCAGGGCAGCUGUUUGACUGAGAUCUAUUAAAGAGACGCUCAGAGAAAUAAUCCCCAAAAUCAUCUUAUAAAACCACAUUAUAAAAUACUUAUAAAAUCAUCUUAUAAAAUCACGUUAUAAAAUAUCCCGUCUUAGAAUAAUAACAAAAGUGACUUCCUUAACCCCCGUCCCACCUAAGUCCCACCCCUACCCAUAACCAAGCCACCCUAACGGUCCCUUGGAGUGUCAAUCAAAAGCCCCGGCUAACCAGCUUAGUUCUGUCAUAAUCAAGUCCUGACCUAACUGACAUCGUCUAGAAUCGCUCUUUUUAAUUCUGUGAGCAAGUUGACUUCAUGCACCAAUGUUGACGAUGGACUUGGGGCCCAACCCUCCACUCCCUUUUCCUCCCUUGUUUCUUCGUGAUUGUGAGGAGAUUUAACUUUAACAGAAAAUCUCCUCCACUUUGGGGAGAGAGUAGAUUCUCUCUCCUACUUUCUCCUCUCCUGCUUUCCCUCUCCUCUUCUGUUGGCGCCCAAAAUGUAACUUCCUGAUUUCUUUGUGCCCUCCAUGGCAACGCCCAUGCUCCCAUAGUAACCCACCAUUGUAACGAGCACACUCCCAUAGUAACCAGCUAGUCCUAGCACACUCCCAUGGUAAUUCUCCAUAGUAACACAUAAUAACAAUGUUCAAUUAAGAGCCUGUACUGACCCCCACCGUCCCAGACCCUGUACUGACCCCCACCGUCCCAGACCCUGUACUGACCCCUACCCCACCGUCCCAGACCCCCUAACCCUGUACUGACCCCCACCGUCCCAGACCCCCUAACCCUGUCCUGACCCCCACCGUCCCAGACCCUGUACUGACCCCUACCCCACCGUCCUAGACCCCCUAACCCUGUACUGACCCCCACCGUCCCAGACCCCCUAACCCUGUACUGACCCCCACCGUCCCAGACCCCCUAACCCUGUCCUGACCCCCACCUAACCUUCCCAGACCCCCUAACCCUGUCCUGACCCCCACAUAACCUUCCCAGACCCCCUAACCCUGUCCUGACCCCCACCCAACCGUCCCAGACCCCCUAACCCUGUCCUGAGCCCCACCCAACCUUCCCAGACCCCCUAACCCUGUCCUGACCCCCACCCAACCUUCCCAGACCCCCUAACCCUGUCCUGACCCCCACCCAACCUUCCCAGACCCCCUAACCCUGUCCUGACCCCCACCCAACCUUCCCAGACCCCCUAACCCUGUCCUGACCCCCACCCAACCUUCCCAGACCCCCUAACCCUGUCCUGACCCCCACCCAACCUUCCCAGACCCCCUAACCCUGUCCUGACCCCCACCCAACCUCCCCAGACCCCCUAACCCUGUCCUGACCCCCACCCAACCUCCCAGACCCCCUAACCCUGUCCUGACCCCCACCCAACCUUCCCAGACCCCCUAACCCUGUCCUGACCCCCACCCAACCUUCCCAGACCCCCUAACCCUGUCCUGACCCCCACCCAACCUCCCAGACCCCCUAACCCUGUCCUGACCCCCACCCAACCUCCCAGACCCCCUAACCCUGUCCUGACCCCCACCCAACCUUCCCAGACCCCCUAACCCUGUCCUGACCCCCACCCAACCUUCCCAGACCCCCUAACCCUGUCCUGACCCCCACCCAGCCUUCCCAGACCCCCUAACCCUGUCCUGACCCCCACCCAACCUUCCCAGACCCCCUAACCCUGUCCUGACCCCCACCCAACCUCCCCAGACCCCCUAACCCUGUCCUGACCCCCACCCAACCUUCCCAGACCCCCUAACCCUGUCCUGCUCCUGUGUAUACUUACUGUAGCUACUGUGCCUCUGUAGGAGUUGGAGAGAUGCAUGUCAGGUCUAAAAACAGAUCUAAGAUGGCUGUAUAAUAAUAAAGGGAGAAUUGUACCAGGGUCCCUUUUGAGGUUGUAGGUAUUUUGAUAAAGUAAUGAACGUUUAAAAAAACUAUGCAGUUAGGCUAUGAUUAGAAUAUUCACACAUUAAACAUAGUUUCUCCUGUAACUUCACCUUUCUAGUAGUUACAGAAUCCAACUAUGUCUUAGAGUUGUAGAUGGACAAUGUGUCGCAGUACAUAAGACCUCAGUUUGUAGUUAAAGAGUAGAUCAUGAUUUAUUGGUUCUUGUGUUUAGAUCAGGCAUGCUCUGCUCCAAACCCUGCUUUAUCCUACACAUUUCUUUCAGUUAGUUCUAUCAUUUGUUGUGUUUAAUCUCUUCCUUACACCUUGUUGUGUUGAUUGUUGGUGUUUUGUAUUAACCCUCCUCGGACCAUGUUGAUCUUUUGAGUUGGUUGUUUCAGCUGUUGUGUUGAUUGUUUUAACCCCUCCGACCCUGCUCUGAGUCCAUCCUCUAUAACAGAUCAAUGCGUCCCAAAUGGCGCCCUAUUCCCUUUAUAGUGCACUACUUCUGACCCAUAUAGGGCAUAGGGCGCCAUUUGGGACGCAUCCUCAGUCAUAACAACGUGGGCGUCUCCUCUUGCUGCUUAAUGUGAUGAUGUCUCAUUUUCUUUCAGGAAUAGUUUGUUGUUUUUGUUGUGAAAAAGCCGACGCUGUUUAUCUCCCUACUGCUUUAUGGUUGUUCCUUCCUUCCUUCCUUCCUUCCUUCCUUCCUUCCUUCCUUCCUUCCUUCCUUCCUUCCUUCCUUCCUUCCUUCCUUCCUUUCUUAUUUUUCUCUUCGUAUUUGUCCGGUUCAUAGUGUUCACUGCUGUUAAUUUUCUCAAAUUGUUUUUGUUUGUUUGUUUGUUUUUGUUUACUCUUUGGCUGUUUUGACCCCUCCCCCCUCCCCUCCUCUGACUGGGCGCUGCGUUGUGGGCGUGGUUUCGGGGGGGUCGGCGACACCCUGGAUCCCUCCAUUGCAAUUGGCACUCUCUUCUGCUCGCCCCCUGACCUUCGCCCUCUGACCCUUUGACCUUCGUGCCUCCCCUUGCCCCUCAUCCUUCCGUGACGUGUGUCCGUUGGUCACCUGGUGGUCGUGCGGGGCCGUUCUGACGUGACGGGCAACAUUUCCUGAAUUCCAUUUCCUGUUGGCCGUUACCUCUCUCCCUGUCCCUUUUGCCAACACACAAUCCCACCCACCCCCUUGCCCACACACACUAACCCCCCCCCCCCACCCUCCACUCCUGCCACGUUGCCAUGGUCCCCAGUCUACGGGCAGCCAAAAUGGCAAAGGCUCACCACCAGCAGCAGCAGGCGUCAUUGGCAAUGGCAGCAGGUGUAGCGGCGAGUACCGGCUCACCCGUUAAAGAGCUGAGAGAUCUGUCGGCCAUGGACGCCUUCCGCUCCCGAAGCAUCAGCGUCUCCGACCACGCGGUGCGCAGGUAGAGAGCACUCUGGGUAACCAGGAAAUAAAACCCAGAAAAUACAAUUUCCUGCUUCCGUUGGGGGGCGGGGCUUGGUGGGGGCGGGAGCCAUUGUCAUGAGGACCGGCGGGCGGUUGCCAGGAAAACCUGGGUUGUGCGGCGGUUGCAUGCUGGAGGAGGGUUUAUUUGUUGUUUGGUUUUUUGGGCUGCAAUUUUAAUUAUUAAAAAAAUUUUUUUUACUACAUUUGACUUAUUUUGCUGCAUGCAGUUUGUGCUUCCGAAAACAUCUAGAUUUCUGUGAAUGUUUUUCUGUUUGAGUUAAUCCCGUUUUGGCUUCUUUUCUUUCUCUGAUGCUUUAGUUUGUUAUGAAUAGUUGUUUUGGUUUGUUUUGGUUGUGGUGUUUGCUGGGUGUUGCUGUGCUGACUGGAUUUAAUUUACCCAACUGACUGAUGAAUGGCUGGAGAAAAACAGUGUACUGAGACAAGACUGACAGCCACUGCAACCAAUGUUUGGCUUUCCCUCUUCUCUGUGGGAGGGGACUAAUGCGCUAUGGGCCAAUGAGAAUUCAGGCUCACACACAACACACAUGCUUUGCACGCUGCCUGCGCAGUUUUCUUUUGCAUUCCAUUUGUUUGACCCACAGACGCUUGAACAGUGUUCAGCUACCUUCGCUGAUAUACAACCAUCUGUCUGUUUGUGGGAUGUUGGGGUUCGUUGAUGACCAGGCUUGAACAGUGUUCAGCUACCUUCGCUGAUAUACAACCAUCUGUCUGUCUGUGGGAUGUUGGGGUUCGUUGAUGACCAGGGUUGCAAAAUUCCGGUAACUUUCCCAGAAUUCCCAGGUUUUUCAAGAAAUCCCGGUUGGAAAAUUCCUGGAUUUCCCGAUCAUUCCUUCCAGAUUCCAGGAAUAUUCCAACCGGGAUUUCUGGAAAAAACUGGGAAUUUGGGGAAAGUUACCAGAAUUGUGCAACCCUAUUAAUGACUGGGUUUGGGGUUUUGUGAUGUCUAUCUCUCUCCAACUGACUCAAACAAUGACUCCUGCCAUGCACCAAAUCACUACACAUACUUACCUAGCAGCUUGACUGUGAGAGUGACUGACUGAGUGAAUGAAAGGGAUCAGACAUUGCAGUCCGUGGUGGUUAGAUAAUGUUUAAUCACUUCCCUCUCUUCGUCUCUGUGUUCUUCUCAAACCCAUAGGCGUCCAUAGGUUGCUAUUGAGCGGUCUGUCAGAUAGCGAAUUAGCUCCGCUGACACUCAACUAGGCAGCUGUCAAAUACUAGCCUGAGUGCCAGUCUGUGUUGUCACGGUAACUCAUUGUCAUGCCAAUGAGCAAUGGAGUUGGCAAGAGCACAAACAGAUCUGGGAACAGGCUACUCAAGUACUCGUUUUAAUCAAAAUGGUCCCAAGGAGACGGAGGAAGAAGUGCAUAGCUUUCCAGUCCCUGUUACAGAGACUUAUAUUGUCCCAAGGAGACGGAGGAAGAAGUGCAUAGCUUUCCAGUCCCUGUUACAGAGACUUAUAUUGUCCCAAGGAGACGGAGGAAGAAGUGCAUAGCUUUCCAGUCCCUGUUACAGAGACUUAUAUUGUUUAGUGGAAUCUGGAUGGCGGUCGGUACUACUCCUGACCAGCAGGGGACAGGAGACUGUCAGUAGAGUAGAGUCUGAAUACAGCCUGAGGAGCUCCCCCCCCCCUACACACUGAUCCAAGGCCAGUUUUGUGUUUCCCCUCUGAUGGUUAGGGAUAGGAUUGGGGCAAGCUGAUCCUAGAUCUGUGCCUAUGAGAAAGUACAGUAUUUGAGAUUCCUCAAAACAGAAGGUCUAACGGACUCACCUCAGUGUGUGACUAUGGCUUACGUCCCAAAUGGUACCCAAUUCCCUUCAUAGUGCACUACCUUUGACCAGAGCCCUAUGGGUUCCCUAUGGGCCCUGGUCAAAGGUAGUAGUGCACUACAUAGGGAAUAGGGUGCCAUUUGGGACUCGACCACAGACUUAGUGCCUCAGCGGUACCUGCUAGCUACAGGUGUUCUGCCUGCCUUCCACUAGUGGUCUGCUUUCUUACACACGAAUGCACACACACACACUCCUACUAGCAACAGGGAGUCAGUCAGCCCUAUUCAACUGUUUUUAACUUAGCUUUAACUGCCAUUCAAGGAAUCUUUCAUUUCAUUUUAACAGUGCCCCCCUCCUCGCUCUCCUUAGUCCGUACCUCUUAACUCCAAAGCGACAGUCAGACAGCUUUUUUUGUCGUUGAAAACAUUCAAAGCAACGUUUUGAACUUUUGUCUUUUUAGCUAAUAAAGGUAUGCCUAAAUGCUUUUGGCACAGCGCAGGUAUCAAGACAGGUUUUGUCUGUCCUUCAAUGGAACACGUCAAAUGUGUUUAAGUUCAACACAACAGAGCAUUUCCUCUUUAUUUGUUUGAACACAGAGAGAGAGGGGGCGGAGAGAGAGAGAAGGUUGUGGAAAAACCCAAUCGGACACAGCCACUGCUGCAAUGCUGAUCUAUGUUGAAAGAGCUGCUGUUGUUGUGAUGGCUGGCUGGAUAAACUGAUGUUAGAUAACACUACGGCCAUGUCUCAUUCCAAAAGGCUCGCUGCCUCCCUCCUCAAGAGGCAGCGUCCUUAUGGAUUGAGACACAGCCCAGUAAUAACAGAUAAGAGACUGACACAGAACCCUACUGAAUGGUGGACGCCUUCCCUCAGACUCUAUGUAGUUCUGCUUUAAGGGGUUUAGGGUUUAGGGUACUGGAAUUCAUGAUGGGACCGUCACUACGUCCCAAAUGGCACCUUAUAUCUCAUUCCUGGUCAAGGUAGAGCCCUGUGUAGGGAAUAGGGUUCUAGACUUUAUCUUACACUAAACCAUGGACUUCAUGUUCAAUAUGACCAGGUUAAGGUGAUAAUCACACUGUAAUGAUGUGCUCCCCAAAAGACUACCUGAAGGACGGUACGGAUCUGGUGAGAUAAGAGAAAGAUGUUCUUGGUCAUUUUGUGGUCAUGGCGGUCUGAAUGGGUGUCCACCAGAGCAGCUGGGUCAGUGCAGCCGGGUCAAGGGUCAAUUUAAGGGUUGAACACUCUGCUUGCUGUGUACACUGUGCUGCUGGGUAAUGCUGGUCACAAACUGGGACUUGGUCUGAGUUAGCGAUAGCAUUAGCAGUAGCGAUAGCAUUAGCAGUAGCGAUAGCAAUAGCAUUAACAAUAGUGCUGGCAAUAGUGAUAGCGUUAGCGAUAGUAUUAGCAAUAGUGAUAGCAUUAGGGAGCGCGAGCUGCAGUGUCUACAUGCUUUUGUUUCAGUUCCGCACUAAUGCACCUGAUUUUAAAUAAUCAUGGUCUGGAUUUAAUAUCAUAGUUAGUGAGUUAUUUGGCCCAGCUCUAAUCAGUUGUGUUAAUGUUGGGUUGAUGCCAUUUGAGACACAGACAAUGCGUUUUUAUAUUCUGUUACACAAGACGGACAGAACUGAUGCAGGUAGAGGGAAAAUAACUUCUAGAGGGAUGAGCCACUUACAGAGAAAGAAGGAAGGAAGAAAGAAGGAAUGCUCUUCUCCUCUUCUCCUCUCCUUCUCUCUUCUCUUCUUCUUCUCCUCUCCUCUUCUUCACCUCCUCUCCUCUUCUCUGUCUCCUGCGUCACUCUCACUUGUGCCUUCCUCUACAGGGCUAUGGUUAUGUCAUCCUAUAUUCAUCUCUCCAUCCUCUCUCCAUCUCUCCAUCCUCUCUCCGUCCUAUCUCCAUCUCUCCGUCCUAUCUUCAUCCCCCUUUCUUUUAUCCCUGCUACUGUCUCAGUGUUUGGGCUGAAGGAUCACACGUUUAAAGUCUUGGUGAUUUAAACAGACAGACAGGCAGGCAGGGAGACAGACAGUUUGAAUGAUUUACAUUAGUUUACAACACAUACAGAGAGACUUCUCAAUAUCUAGUAUAUCAUGUAGAUAUCUUUCAUGUAGACGUGUGGACAUAGAGGCUGCAUUUAUUUGUGUUUAAUCCGUAAGAUUACUUCCUAACUAGAUUCUGUUGUAGUUUGGACGGUGUUUGUCUGAACUCUUGGUUCCUACAUCAAACCCAUUCACUGUAGUCAUUGCAUUCCUCUUGAAGACAGGUUUAACUUUGCCUUGGUCUCGUGUCUCGUUGUCCUACAGAACAGAACAGUAGCUGUGUGUUCCGUUAGAGGUGUUCCAAUAGUUCUGAUUUCCCCUGGUGGAGAGGGAGUGGCAGUGGUUACCGUGGUUACUGAGAUGCCAAUGGGGUCUCCACGGAUGAAUGCUGGGAGAUUUAGAUCAGGGGGGCUAUUACAAUACACAGCACUCAAAACAGUUCCCCUGGCCCUCAGUUCUGAGUAGCAUGUUGUUCUAGUAUUCUCUGUCCCUCAACAUAAAAGCGCCUCAUCUUCCUCUAUCUCUGAAACCAGCUGUGGUUCCUGUGUCUUUGUAGAUGGGGACACACUGUCAGCAGUAAGCACUUCAGAUUCACAGAGGGAACAGAUGACAGAUCAUUUCAAACGCCCAGGCUUCUGCUACAGUUACUCAUACCAAGUCCCAGCUCAUUUGUGUGUGAGAGCGAGAGAUAUUUGCUUAUCUGUGUUUGCUUACAUCAGCGGUGUACACCUGAGUGAAAGGUAAAAGCCAGGCUGUGUGUGUGAGAGAUAAUGCAUUGCUGCGUGUGUGUGAGAGAUAAUGCAUUGCUGCGUGUGUGUGAGAGAUAAUGCAUUGCUGUGUGUGUGUGAGAGAUAAUGCAUUGCUGCGUGUGUGUGAGAGAUAAUGCAUCGCUGCGUGUGUGUGAGAGAUAAUGCAUUGCUGCGUGUGUGUGAGAGAUAAUGCAUUGCUGUGUGUGUGUGAGAGAUAAUGCAUUGCUGCGUGUGUGUGAGAGAUAAUGCAUUGCUGCGUGUGUGUGUGAGAGAUAAUGCAUUGCUGUGUGUGUGUGAGAGAUAAUGCAUUGCUGCGUGUGUGUGUGAGAGAUAAUGCAUUGCUGCGUGUGUGUGUGAUUCCGAGAUUGCAUGCCUUCCUCUCUGUGUGUGUCAGUGGAGGCUGCUGAGGGGAGGACGGCUCAUAAUAACGGUUGGAAUGGAGUGUAAUGGAUGGAAUGGAGUGAAUGGUAUCAAACACAUUUUGAUACCAUUCCAUUGACUCCAUUCCAGACAUUAUUAUGAGCCGUCGUCCCCUCAGCAGGCUCCACUGGUGUACAGUGGGGGAAAAAAGUAUUUAGUCAGCCACCAAUUGUGCAAGUUCUCCCACUUAAAAAGAUGAGAGAGGCCUGUGAUUUUCAUCAUAGGUACACGUCAACUAUGACAGACAAAAUGAGGGAAAAAAAUACAGAAAAUCACAUUGUAGGAUUUUUAAUGAAUUUAUUUGCAAAUUAUGGUGGAAAAUAAGUAUUUGGUCAAUAACAAAAGUUUCUCAAUACUUUGUUAUAUACCCUUUGUUGGCAAUGACACAGGUCAAACGCUUUCUGUAAGUCUUCACAAGGUUUUCACACACUGUUGCUGGUAUUUUGGCCCAUUCCUCCAUGCAGAUCUCCUCUAGAGCAGUGAUGUUUUGGGGCUGUCGCUGGGCAACACGGACUUUCAACUCCCUCCAAAGAUUUUCUAUGGGGUUGAGAUCUGGAGACUGGCUAGGCCACUCCAGGACCUUGAAAUGCUUCUUACGAAGCCACUCCUUCGUUGCACGGGCGGUGUGUUUGGGAUCAUUGUCAUGCUGAAAGACCCAGCCACGUUUCAUCUUCAAUGCCCUUGCUGAGGAGGUUUUCACUCAAAAUCUCACGAUACAUGGCCCCAUUCAUUCUUUCCUUUUACACGGAUCAGUCGUCCUGGUCCCUUUGCAGAAAAACAGCCCCAAAGCAUGAUGUUUCCACCCCCAUGCUUCACAGUAGGUAUGGUGUUCUUUGGAUGCAACUCAGCAUUCUUUGUCCUCCAAACACGACGAGUUGAGUUUUUACCAAAAAGUUAUAUUUUGGUUUCAUCUGACCAUAUGACAUUCUCCCAAUCCUCUUCUGGAUCAUCCAAAUGCACUCUAGCAAACUUCAGACGGGCCUGGACAUGUACUGGCUUAAGCAGGGGGACACGUCUGGCACUGCAGGAUUUGAGUCCCUGGCGGCGUAGUGUGUUACUGAUGGUAGGCUUUGUUACUUUGGUCCCAGCUCUCUGCAGGUCAUUCACUAGGUCCCCCCGUGUGGUUCUGGGAUUUUUGCUCACCGUUCUUGUGAUCAUUUUGACCCCACGGGGUGAGAUCUUGCGUGGAGCCCCAGAUCGAGGGAGAUUAUCAGUGGUUUUGUAUGUCUUCCAUUUCCUAAUAAUUGCUCCCACAGUUGAUUUCUUCAAACCAAGCUGCUUACCUAUUGCAGAUUCAGUCUUCCCAGCCUGGUGCAGGUCUACAAUUUUGUUUCUGGUGUCCUUUGACAGCUCUUUGGUCUUGGCCAUAGUGGAGUUUGGAGUGUGACUGUUUGAGGUUGUGGACAGGUGUCUUUUAUACUGAUAACAAGUUCAAACAGGUGCCAUUAAUACAUGUAACGAGUGGAGGACAGAGGAGCCUCUUAAAGAAGAAGUUACAGGUCUGUGAGAGUCAUGCUUGUUUGUAGGUGACCAAAUACUUAUUUUCCACCAUCAUUUGCAAAUAAAUUCAUAAAAAACCUACAAUGUGAUUUUCUGGAAUUUUUUUUCUCAAUUUGUCUGUCAUAGUUGACGUGUACCUAUGAUGAAAAUUCCAGGCCUCUCUCAUCUUUUUAAGUGGGAGAACUUGCACAAUUGGUGGCUGACUAAAUACUUUUUUUCCCCCCACUGUAUGUGCGUGUCUCACUCUCCCCUGUCUCUCUGACACGCUCUCUGGCGCCCCAUGGCUGUAGGAUGCAGACCUCCAGCACCACGUGUAGUCUGGGUUCUUCUGAUGAGAACACUGUGACCCAGGCAGAUGAUGGGUUAAAGACUGUCCACCUGGAGUUAACUGAGACCUGUCUGGACAUGAUGGCUAGAUACGUCUUCUCCAACUUCUCAGCCCUGCCCAAGAGGUACGGACGGACGGACGGACGGGGGUUAAAGCUGUGUUGACCACUGGAUAUUAUAUGCAUUUAUUAGGUGAACUGUGGGUCUUCACUCUAGUCUUCAUUAUUCACACAAUCAGAACGGGAAAAGGACAAAAGGUUGCCUUAUAUGAUUAUCAAUUGCCAUAAGCCUUCAGAACUAAGUAGCCUUGACCCCUGACCCUUAACCUUUGACCCCCCCCCCCCCCAGGUCUCCUAUAGCAGAGUUCCUUCUGGCGGGGGGUCGCAGUAUGACCUGGCUGGUGGGUAACAAGCUGAUCACCAUAACGACCAGCGGUGGGGUCAGAAGCCAGGCACUACUGGGAAUGGACAUGGUGGAGAGGCUGGGAGGAGGGGGAGAGAUGAGCAGGUAACCACCCACACACACACACACACUGUAACGCGUGCACACACACACACACACACACACACACACACACUCCUCAGUAAUGUACUGUCUCUCUCCCGCCCCCUGUAGGUCAGACCCGUCCCUCCACACCCGUCAGACCAAAGAGGCUCCGGCCAAACUGGAGUCCCAGUCCAGUCAACAGCUCAACAGAGCCACACGCAUCAGAGUACGAUCCAUGUCAGGUAGGAAGAGGAUGUUCUCUCUCGCUCUCUCUGUCUCUCUCUCACACACACACACAUACACACUGACUUUUUCCACAUUUUGUUAGCCUUAAUCAAUUUUUUUUACACAUUUAUUUGUAAAAAAAUAGUCUAGGUCCAAAAGGCUUCUCAACAGCUUCUACCCCCAAGCCAUAAGACUCCUGAACAGCUAAUCAUGGCUACCCGGACUAUUUUUACGAAUUAUCUUUGAUCCCUGAAGACAGGGUCCUGAAAAAGGGACGUUUCUUUUUUUGCUCACUACGUGACCAAAAGUAUGUGGACACUUGCUCGUCGAACAUCUCAUUCCAAAAUCAUGGGCAUUAAUAAGGAGUUGGUCCCCCCUUUGCAGCUAAAACAGCCUUCACACUUCUGGUAAGGCUUUCCACUAGAUGUUGGAACAUUGCUGCGGGGACUUCCAUUCAGCCACAAGAGCAUUAGUGGUCGGGCACUGAUGUUGGGCGAUUAGACCUAGCUCGCAGUCGGCGUUCAAAUUUAUCCCAAAGGUGUUCGAUGGGGUUGAGGUCAGGGCUCUGUGCAGGCCAGUCAAGUUCUUCCACACCGAUCUUGACAAAUCAUUGCUGUAUGGACCUCGCUUUGUGAAUGGGGGCAUUGCAUGCUGAAAAAGGAAAGGGCCUUCCCCAAACUGUUGCCACAAAGUUGGAAGCACAGAAUCAUCUAGAAUGUCAUUGUAUGCUGUAGUGUUAAGAUUUCCCUUCACUGGAACUAAGGGGCCUAGCCCGAACCAUGAAAAACAGACCAAGAACAUUAUUCCUCCUCCACCAAACUUUAUGCAUUGGGGCAGGUAGCGUUCUCCUGGCAUCCGCCAAACCCAGAAUCAUCUGUCGGACUGCCAGAUGGUGAAGCGUGAUUCAUCACUCCAGAGAACACGUUUCCACUGCUCCAGAGUCCAAUUGCGGCAAGCUUUAUACCACUCCAGACGAUGCUUGGCAUUGCGCAUGGUGAUCUUAGGCUUGUGUGCGGCUGCUCGGCCAUGGAAACCCAUUUCAUGAAGCUCCCGACGAACAGUUAUUGUGCUGACGUUGCUUCCAGAGGCAGUUUGGAACUCGGUAGAGAGUGUUCCGACCGAGGACAGACGAUUUUUACGCGCUUCAGCACUUGGCGGUCCCGUUCUGUGAGCUUGUGUGGCCUAUCACUUCGCGGCUGAGCCAUUGUUGCUCCUGACGUUUCCACUUCACAUUAACAGCACUUACAGUUGACCGGGGAAGCUCUAGCAGGGCAGAAAUUUGACUAUGGCGGUGCCACAUUGAAGGUCACUGAGCUCCUCAGUAAGGCCAUUCUACUGCCAAUGUUUGUCUAUGGAGAUUGCAUGGCUGCAUGCUCGAUUUUAUACACCUGUCAGCAACGGGUGUGGCUGAAAUAGCCGAAUACACUAAUUUGAAGGGGUGUCCAUAUACUUUUGUAUAUAUAGCGUAUCUAUCUGUCUCUCUCUAUCUAGGGAUCCUGAGUGGCGCAGCGGUCUAAGGCACUGCAUAGCAGUGCUAGAGGCGUCACUACAGACACAGGUUCAAUCCCGGGCUGUAUCACAACCGGCCGUGAUCGGGAGUCCCAUAGGGCGGCGCACAAUUGGCCCAGCGCCGUCCGGGUUAGGGGAGGGUUUGGCCGGGGUAGGCCACAAUAAUUUGUUCUUAACUGACUUGCCUAGUUACAUAAAGGUUGAAUAAAAAAUUAACAAUCUAGAUCUUUCCUUCUCUCUACCCGUUCUUUGUCCUUUGUCUUCACCCCCCCUUCCCCAGGUGGCCAUGCUCUCCGUGCAGGUCCAGUCCAGAGCCUCAGCCCCCUGGUCUCACCCUCUGAGGGGGGAGAGCUGUGUUGUGUCCCCCUCUCUCCCCCCUCCUCCUCCUCCGGCCCCUGUCUGGACGGCCUGGGGCCUCCCUCCCCCUCCCCCUGCGCCCCACCUAAGGACCCCCUCAAAGACAAGCCCAGCCUGGCAGAGUUCCUGCCCAUGCUCACCCAGGGAUGGGCUGAGAUCUUCAUACGCAGACCCUCAGGUAAACACUCAGACGCACUCACGUCUGCAUACACACAUCGCAUACACACAUCGCAUACACACAUCGCAUACACACACACACAAACACACGCUUGUUGAAUAACUUCCUCUUCAUCUGUUUGUUUACAGGAAGAGACCAUUUUAGAUGAUUUUCUCUCUGGCUUCUUUUUUCUUCUCUACUCUCUUCCUCCUCCGACCUGACUGAUUCAUUCAUUCAUCCAUUCGUUCAUUCAUUCAUUCAUUCUUUAGAGUCUAAGACGUUAGGGGAGUGGGGGGCGGGGGGGGCGGGGAGGGUGCUAAGCUGACAUAUGGAAUGGUUUUAUGAUGGUCAUACUAUGGAUCAUUUAGCAAUUUGAUUUUAAAUUUUAGGACCCCUUUAGGUAUAAAAAAAAUAUACAAUAUUUGAUAUAAUAUAGAUUUUGGCAUUUACUACUAAAGCCCAUUGAAACUUGCAUUGAAUAACACAUUCAUAAAUGGCAAAAAGGACAGUCAAAAGAUAAAUCAUAAGAAACAAGGUUUUGAAGUGUCUGUCCUAUAUCUAGGAGAAGAACUCAGGGUGUAUGUAUAUAUAUAUAUAUAUAUUUUUUACACAUAUUUAACCCCUUUUUUGUGUAGGCACAAAACUACCUUCAUACUUCCAUUUGUUUUUUAAAACCGGUACCGGUUACCUUCAGACGAGUCCCAUGACACUUGUGGGGGUCCGAGACCAGAACGGAGAACACCAUUGUGUUCAUUGGAAUCUCCCCUUUCCACAGUGGAGCCCCAAUAGUUUGUAGCCCAAACGGUUUGGACGCUACCAAACAGAGGUUGGCACAUCGCAGUACCUACUUCAGACGAGUCUCCUGACACUUGUGGGGGUCGUAGAGCAAAACGGAGUACGCCAUCAUGUUUGUGAGAGUCUCCCCUUUCAAUAGAGUUUAUAGGCCAAACCGUUCGGACGCUACAGAUGUUUACGCGAGAAGACAGAUUUUCGGGAUGUCUCAUGGUCUGACAAAGCUCUAGCUCUGCCACCUUUCACCACAGAUGUGGAAGUGUGACACUGGCAGAUGCUGUGGAUUGCAUCCAAUGCAAAAUAAACAGAUAUCUCUAGCUUAAACUGACCUAUUUUUAUGAGAAUGUUUUUGUUAUGGAACUUAGAUUGACGCACCGGUGCGUCAAUCAACUCCAGGGGGUUAAUUGACUUAUCUCUCCAUCUCUAGGUAACACCAGCUGGUUGAUGUGUCUGGAGAACCCUCCCAGUCCCUUCUCCUCUGAGCUGGGUAACAUGCCUCUCCAGGAGCUGUCCUCUGUCCUCAUGGCCAUGGAGGGGGUCAAGGAGCCCCCCACCCAGACCGCCAGCGCCCCCGCCAGCACAGCCACCCCCGCCCCGACCCCCGUGGCCCUUAACCCCCCCGGACCCACCCCCAUUCAAGGGGGCAAGCCUGGACUCAUCCAGCGCUCUAACACAGGUGAGGAGGCUGUGGGGGGAGAGGAAAAGGGUGUG